AUGUCAUGUGCUGCCCUUGUCGACCAUGCGAACGUUCCUCUUCCGCCGUCAACCCGCGACAUUUGGAUAUGCAUGUCGGAUGGUUUCACUGGUCAUCUUUGCUUGCUGAACAUGCAGCCAGAGCCGAUGGUUGGAAUGAACAUACCUUUGGCCGGCUGCAAUUCGCGAAUCACUUGCAUCUGCUCUGUGCCUAGCAACGCGGUGGGCGUGUCUCGACGAACAUCGCAUAAUGCAUUCGGACACCCGGGCAUCCAUCCACCUGCCCGACAGUCCGGCAAUUGUGUCGCUAUGGCUGAGGCUUCCGGCUCCAUCAACCGGCUAACAGUUUCCACUGCUGGAAAGAGGUCGAGGAAGAAUCUAGCCAAGAGCCAAGGGAAACAGGACUCCUUUAAGUUGAGGCCGGGUGACAAAAAAUUCCCCUUCAUACGAAAGCAGGCUGACUGCGAAAGGGAAGCUGAAGAAGAUGAAAGGGCCUAUUUGGAGCGGGAGAAGCAGGAAGCGCAAAACUUAGUGCCACAAACCGUUGAGGAUGAGGAGGGCGAUGAGAAAGGGGAAAAGUACCAACCAGCUUGCAUGCAGCUGGCAAAUGUUGCGACUUGUGAGGUGAGAUUGUAG